AUGGCUGCCGCCGAGGUGCCUGUCCCUUCUGAGUCCUUCACCCAAAUCAAAGAGCAGAAGUUGAAGCCUGGAGACCAGGAAAAGGAAAAGGAGAAGGGUGGGGUACAAAGAAUGGGAGCUCAGGAGUGUGCUGUCGAGGCCGAGUUCUGCCAGCUUCUGGAUGCGGGGCCCCAGAAAAACCAGCCCGAGCUGCCUUUGUCGGUCCCGGUGGAGAGCGAUAGGAGGAUCCUGACCCUGCAGACCCUGCACCUGACCUCUCAGGAUGUGCACCUGCAGGGGCUGGGGUGGCUGAGCGGGCCACACUCCGAGGGGUUUCCAGUGAUGAUGCCACAGGCGGAAAGCUUCGGGCCACUGCCUUCCGUGCUGUGGCUGGAACAAGAGCCCCAGCCCAGCCUUCAGCACUGUGUGGCCAUCAGCAUCCCAGAAGAGCUGUGCCCACCUGAGGAGCUGGAGCGCACGCAAUUCCACCUGGUGUGGGAGGGUGUGCCAGUGGCUGAGGAGGACCCGGAAUUAAUGCCAGACUUGGGUGAAGGCACAGCCUUGAUGAAGUUGGAAGACGGUGAGAAGGACCAAGUGUUGCCAGAAGGAGGACCAGAGAAGGAAGGAGAAGAGAGAUACCUUUUUGUGGAAGUGGCACCGGCUGAUGAAGGAAACGAUGAAAUCGUUCUGACCAUUUCCCAUCUGAACCUAGAAGAACAGCAAGAUCAGCCAAACCAGACAAGUGCGACUAAGGCUGCGGCCACAAAACCUCCAAGGAAGGCCAAGGGAAAGCCACGCACCUUCCAGUGUGACGUCUGCCUGUUCACAUCUUCCAAGUUCUCGACUUUUAACCGCCACAAGAAAAUUCACAACGACGAGAGAGCUCACCUGUGCCACCUGUGCCUGAAGGCUUUCCGCACUGUCACCCUCCUUCGGAACCACGUCAACACCCACACAGGAACCAGGCCCUACAAGUGCGGGGACUGUGACAUGGCAUUUGUCACCAGCGGAGAACUGGUCCGGCACAGGCGUUACAAACACACUUAUGAGAAGCCCUUCAAGUGCUCCCUGUGCAAGUAUGCCAGCGUCGAGGCAAGCAAGCUGAAGCGUCACAUCCGCUCACACACGGGUGAGCGUCCCUUCCAGUGCUACCAAUGUACUUAUGCCAGCAAGGACACCUACAAGCUGAAACGCCAUAUGCGGACCCAUUCAGGUGAGAAGCCCUAUGAAUGCCCCACUUGCCAUGCCCGCUUCACUCAGAGUGGGACCUUGAAGAUCCACGUGGCACAGAAGCAUGGAGAGAAUGUGCCCAAACACGUGUGUCCCCACUGUGCUACCGUCAUCGCAAGGAAGAGCGACCUGCGUGUCCAUCUGCGCAACCUGCACAGCCACAGCCCCAUGGAGAUCAAGUGCCGAUACUGUCCUGCUGUCUUCCAUGAGCGCUAUGCCCUCAUCCAGCACCAGAGGACCCAUAAGAACGAGAAGAAGUUCAAAUGCAAGCAGUGUGAUUACGCAUGCAAGCAGGAGCGCUACUUGACGGCACACAUGUUCACACACACGGGAGAGAAGCCAUUCUCCUGCCUCGACUGCAACAAGCACUUCCGGCAGAAGCAGCAGCUCAUGGUGCACCUGAGGAAGUACCAUGACCCGAGUUUCAUCCCCAAUGUGCACCUUUGCCUCAAGUGUGGCAAACACUUUUCCCGCCGGAGUAACCUGCAGAGACACAGGAAGAAGUGUGACCCCGAGCACGAGGAGUUGGCCACCUCCGUAAAGGGAAGAGCGGUGCAGAAGAAGCCGACCGUGGAGAAAGGACCAGGAUGGGACAACGAUACUGCUGGCCAGGAGAGCAACACCUGGAAGGAGGCGCAGUACCCUGAGGAGCUGGCUCUCGGCCACCACAGUGGCGAUUGUGCAGCCAGGAGCGAGAGCCAGGAUGAAGGCCUGACCUGCGAGAUGAUCUUCAACAUGAUGGAUAAGUGA